CGCUGGGACUGGGAGCCGCUCGGAACCGAAGGGGGAGGCGGCUCAUUCUCAGCGGCUGGCGCUCUCGACGACUGCAGCAGCAGCAUGAGCGGGCCGGAGAGUGGCGGGGGGCCGGGGCUGCCGCCGCUGCCCAAGAGCCUGAGCGGGCUGCUAAACUCCUCCUCGGGCGGCGGCGGCGGGCGCUGGCGGGACCUGGAGCGGCUCUAUGCGCAGAAAUCACGCAUCCAGGACGAGUUGAGCCGGGGGCGGUCGAGCAGCGUCGGCCGAGGCUCUCCCCGGCCGCCCAACCUGGACGCGGCGCUGGCCCUGCUCCGCAAAGAGAUGGUUGGCCUUCGGCAGCUGGAUAUGUCAUUGCUAUGUCAACUGUACUCUCUUUAUGAAUCAAUACAAGAAUACAAAGGAGCAUGCCAAGCUGUAUCUAGUGCAGACUGCACAUAUGCUUUGGAAAAUGGCUUUUUUGAUGAAGAGGAGGACUAUUUCUAGGAACAACACAGCAGGGACAAAAGUGCAUGGAUCAGUCUUUCACUCUGUGUAACUCCCAUUUCCAAGAAAGAUUGGAGGUUGGAAUCUAUCUAGACAUCUCUUCUUGGGGGGUACACCCCCGCUACCUUACCUGUUGUUAAACUCAUUUAUUUCUGGCAGACUGUCAAUACAAGUUACACAUGCAUAAGCUACUUCUGGAAAGUGAUGUGCUACGUGUUUUGAGGAGUCCUCCAACAUGUUUGACAGGUGGUAUCAUUUUUAAUUUGCAGGCUGGGUGUUUCCAACCUACUGAUUUUUGGCAAGUAACUUACAGCUAUAAUUUUGAUCAAACAAGAGGGUGAUAACAUCCUGAGUAUUCUAAUAACUCUUUCAUAAUUGUGGUGUGAGUAACUAUGGAUGGUAUGCGUUUGUCAACAGUACAGAUAAAUACUGUUUGAAGAAAUGAUUUGAUACACACAUUCCAAGCUGUACUAAGCUAGUCUGCUCUUAUCAGCCAUGUCACUUAACUCCAGUUCUGCACUGGGUGGAUUGUUUACACAAUUUCUCAGAUAUUUAUCUUUCACCCUCUCUACAUAAAACCAUAUUUUGCCAUGUUCUUUUCUUCCUAGCCCAAAAGCUACAUGUAUGCUAGUGAAUGUUAUCAGUACCCUUUUUUUCCUGCUGAUCUAAUUUACUUUCUUAGUGCUACCAAGGGGCAAUAACUUUUACAUUUACUUCUAGAGCUGUCUUGCAUAAACAUAGUUCUGUGACUGCUAACAUCUGUUUCAAAAUGGUUUACUCAGCUUUUACUGUAUUGAAUAGUAAAAGCAUAGGUUCAGUCAGUCUGUCAGCCACUGUGUGGCUUGUAAUAAGCCAAACUCUUACGCAAGUGUUUUCAAUCACAUGAAGAUGAAGUAUCAGGAAACCUUUAAUACAAGAUACUGGGACAAACUGCAAUAUUUUGUACUGGGUGAACUUUGUUUCUGGAAGGUAACCUUCAACUUAAAAAAAAAAAAAAAAA